GGAAAAAUCAACAAAAAUAUGACAUAUGAGUCCACACCAAGAUGCGGCGAUUUGACAUCACAAAUGCACAUCACUAACUUCGGCGUAAAGCCAAGACCAACUAUGAUUUGGAACGACACAGAACCACUAGAAAAGACUAUAACAAACAAAAGUAAAAGCCUACAAGAUAUCAAAUCGUUACUAGAAGACAGAGGAGGCGAAGAAAGAGAUGUGUUUAGCAAUAAUAGUAAAUUAGACAAUAAUAGGUUCGGAGAUAGUUGUAGCAAUAAUGUGUGGAGGUAUCGAAGAGGCUGGUGCUUUAGGUUUAAAACAAUUGUGUUUGUGUUGUGUUUGAUGCUGUUUAUGGAUAGACUGCCGGCUGAAGCGAGGAGUGCAGGUACGGAAACACACCCAGCCAACUCACUAUCUGCAGAACCUCGAUAUGAAACGGCGUACGCGUGUGAAGGCAAGACUUUGAAGAUCGGGUGCGGAGAAGGCUCCGUCAUCCACCUCAUCAGAGCCAACUAUGGAAGGUUCUCGAUCACCAUCUGCAACGACCAUGGUAAUACUGACUGGAGCGUCAACUGCAUGUCUACGAGGAGCUUACGGGUUUUACAUAGCAGAUGUAGUAUGCACCAAAACUGCAGUAUACUGGCAAGCACGAGUAUGUUCGGUGACCCAUGCCCAAACACGCUCAAGUACCUAGAAGCGCAUUACCAAUGUGUACCUGCAUCAACGACAAGCACGACUAACAGACCAUCUCCACCCUGGCUGAUCACGUCGCAGCCCACAGUCUGGCGGUCCACCGUCCCCCCAGUGCCGAAGAGUCCGGUCCAAACGCAACAGAAUGAGAGGAAGAAGCCAACAGUCAUCACGCCACCGACGUUCAGGCCUCAUAUCACGUUGCCACCUGAGGUGAAUGGGGAUGUUGCAUCAAAGACCACGACCCGACAGCCAGAUUCCUCAUCAGAACGGGAGCCUCAGCAGUCUCCCAAAGAGACGUUGCCAGAAGUCCAGGAAGAGGUUUCAAAGGUUGUGGAACCGGAGAACAGGCCGAGGAACGACAAACCUAGCAAGGAUAAAGAAGAUGAUGUAGUAACAGAGGAAAAUCCUCAAUGGUCGGUCAAUGAAGAUUCUGACCCUACGCCGGCAGUUCAUGUUCCACCAAAAGAAAACCCAGCUUCGGACACAGAUCUUGAUGACCAAUUUGGAAAGAGAUAUUCAACAAGUGCAACACCUAACCUAGGUCGAAGAUCUUACUGUCCGCAAGUGAGCGCCCGUGGCUUGCAUUGGAACUGGACGCUCGCCGGCACUUACGCCGUCCAACCUUGCCCUGGGGGCGCCACUGGACUCGCUAGAUGGAAAUGUACCGUCCCUCCACACCACACCGAGGAAGAGCGUCCAAGACGGCGUGGCUCCGGCCUGCCUUCGGGAGAAAACUACCACGACUUAGGCUUGGAGCCAAACGACAGGCUUCAGCUGAUGAAGAGACUUGGCUCCGAAUCGCUUCUUAAAGGACGCGAUGGCGAUUCUCCUGAACAUAUGAUCGACUACCGUGGCGCGAACUUGCCGGAUGCGCAAGCGUCUAGUUUGAACCUUGGCUCGCUUGGGACCUUGAUGACCAGCGCUGAAGGAUAUUCGGACGGGAUACCAGAAUGGCACGCCUACCCUGACCUCAGCGAGUGUCGGUCCGUCUGGCUGAACAGUCUCGAAGCCAGGGUUAGGGAGGGGGAGUCCCUGCUCAGCAUCAGCAAUGACUUGGCACAGGUGACAUCAUCAAAGACGUUAUAUGGCGGAGACAUGCUAACAACGACCAGUAUAAUGAAGAAGCUAGCACAACGUAUGUCGCAGAAUGUUCAGACGUUCCCGGACCCGAAGCAGAGAGAGGCUAUCGUCACUGACAUGCUGCUUGGAGUUAUUAAGACUGGCUCGAACCUUCUAGAAGAAAGUCAGCGGUCAUCCUGGGCGGACCUAAGCGCCGACGCACAGAACCGAGUCGCAAGCGCAUUGCUCACACAGCUGGAGGAAAACGCGUUCCUAUUGGCUGAUGCAGUCACCAAGGAGAAGACUAUACUGCAGAUCGUUAAGAAUAUCUGUCUUUCCGUGCGAGUUCUAGAAGUAAAGAACGUGGAAGAUGAGACGUUUCCAUCAGUCAUUGCGCAGGAGCAGUGGAAGGCUUCUGAGGACACCAUCACCAUACCCAAAGCUGCUUUACUAGAUAACCGCCAAAACGACCUGGUCCGCAUAGUGUUCUUCGCCUUUGACCGCCUUGAAGAGAUACUUCCGCCUACCUUCGGUGUCAAAACUGCUCCUUACAGCAGUUUCCUCUCUGAUGCAUCAGCUUCAUCUGCCACCAGCAUGAACUCUGAACGGGAGAAGAGGAAUGUCACCAGGGUUUUGAAUUCUAAGGUCAUAUCAGCUAGUCUUGGCAACGGACGUCACAUCCAGCUGUCUCAAAUGGUGCGGCUGACCAUGAAACAUCUGAAGACUGAGAACGUUACGAACCCCGCUUGCGUCUUCUGGGAUUAUACGUUGCAUGGCUGGUCUCCCGAAGGUUGCCACGUAGAGUGGACCAACACGACCCACACCGGCUGCGCCUGCUCGCAUCUCACCAACUUCGCCAUCCUUAUGGAUGUCCACGGCGUCUCAAUCGGCGCCAAACACGUGAUGGCUCUGAGGCUUCUGACCUUCAUCGGUUGUGCUAUUUCUGCUGUGGCGUUGCUGGCCGCUAUUAUUGUGUUCCAGUGCUUCAGGAAUAUGAAGUCGGACCGAGUGCUAAUCCACAAGAACCUCUGCGCCUGCCUCCUCAUUGCGGAGGUUGUCUUCAUGUGCGGCAUCGAUCAGACGCAAGACCGAGUCCUAUGUGGCAUCAUAGCUGGUCUACUCCACUACUUCUUCCUUGCUGCCUUCGCUUGGAUGUUUCUAGAAGGGUUCCACCUCUACGCAAUGCUAGUGGAAGUUUUCGAGCCUGAACGCCCCGCGCGCUGGUACAUGGCCGGCGCAUAUCUGGCACCUGCACUGGUAGUGCUGGCAUCUGCUGCAGCUUUUCCAGCUGGUUAUGGCACACCACAACACUGCUGGCUGUCUACUGAUAGACUGUUCGUUAUGAGCUUUGUUGGACCUGUGGCUUUGGUACUUACGGCCAACUGGAUAUGUUUGAGCAUGGUGAUUUACAUGAUGUGCCAUCACUCCACUGUCUCCAUCAAGGCGAAAGAAAACUCCAAACUGUACAAAAUCAGGGUAUGGCUGAACAGCUCGCUAGUCCUAGCAUUCCUGCUGGGUCUGACCUGGACCUUCGGGCUGCUAUAUCUGAACGAACAGACAGUGGGCGUGGCUUACGCGUUCACGAUCCUGAAUUCGCUGCAGGGACUGUUCAUCUUUAUCUUCCACUGCUUGCAAAAUGAGAUAUUCCAAAAGGAAUGCGCCCGCCUCGGCCGCCGCCACCCCUGGCUGUCGUGCUGCCUCGCGCUGGCCCCCGCGCCGCCCCCCACCGCCUCCACCAACCACGUCGACACCCGCCAGGGCAGCGUCAAGAGUCGCCGCUACCACCAGAGCGCCGCCGCCGAGAGCGAAGAUGCUGUGGACCCGAGGGACGUUACGAGCUACAACCUUCAACCCGAGGCGCGAUGGAACGUCCGUCCCACCGCCCCUAUAUACGUCCCGAGCGAGGAACGUCCCGCCCGGGCCAACACCCCGCUGCAAAUGCCGCACUCGGCGUCCCACUCGCAAAGCAUCGCGUCCAUGCAUAGCUACCGGCACAUGGAGCCGAGCGAUUACCAGAACCUUCGGUCGCGGUCGCCAUCUUGUUUCUCCAACAAGAUGGCGGCGCCCGCGAACGAAUGGCAGAACGGGAGCAUGUGGAAGAACACUUCUUCUAAGCACCACCCAAGUGGGACAUCAACGUUACCCCAUCACGACACGCUGUCCCGUCAGCUCGCGGCGCAGACCCACCUGCACCCCUACAGCGAGUGUGACGCCGCGCUCCACCCUCCCCCCUCGCCCCGCCACGACGAGCCCCACCACCAGGGCUACAACACCACCCGCAGCUACAACCACGACUUCCGCAACCCCCAUGUUUACAUGUCGCAACACUCUCCCGGCUCCCAGGAAAUGAUCUUCCGCAAACACUACAAGGACGAGAACAGACGCAAACACCACCAUCAUCACGGCAGCCAGAAUAUCAACCAUACCUAUUCAGAGAUAGCGUCUCAGCAAGGAAGAAUAUACAGACGCGGAUCCGAACAAGAGUUCCGCGUCAUCCAGGACGACCCGGUCUACGAGGAAAUCGAAAGAAACGAGACUCUAAUGUCGGACAUGUCCGAUGAUAACUCCGGCCCCGAUAAUUGUAGACAAAAUCCGGGCCACCACGGGUCUUCCAGCUCCAAGUUCUACGGAGACCACCGGCCUCUCAUCUCGUACAGCCCGGGGGAAAGGCAUCAUCAUGACCAGGAGCAUUACGCCAAAUACGGCAAAUGGGAUACGAUAGAGCGAGCGUAUGAUCCUAGACAUGCUUAUGAAAGCGGAAGGCUCAUGCAUCCCGCUUAUCAUCAACCGCAAGAGAAUAAUAUGAGGGCUUUAGCGGCGGUUCUGAAUGGAGAGAACAAUGUCGUCUGUCAUUUGGAGCCCCACAAUUCCUACGACGUUUACCAACCGCAACAAGGCAAUCCCAGGACUGUCUCCCAACCGAGUUUCUAAGGACUGAACCCAGUGAUCGAACGAUAAGAUUGGAACCGACGAAUGUGUCAAUCGAACGUAUGUUUCAGUGUUAGUGAUAGACUCUGAGUGAGUGUACAGAUAUAGCGGGUGAUUUUUUCUAUGGACGUAGUAUAGAAAAAGAUCUAGCGACGCAUAAAAUAGCGUUUGUGUAGGAACUUGCCAUAAUGCGGACUUUAAAAUAACAUAUAUUUAUAGACGGUUAGAUUGUAAAAGUAACUUUAAAUCACUUUUUCCACUGUGAUCCUAUUUAAAGAUAACGGCUCAAGUUCAGUGUUACGACCAUAUUUUCUUUAUAUGGCGGAUUUAAAUAGCAAUUUUGUAUAUACGACUCUUAGCGUUUAGUGCUAGGCUCUUAGUACUUCCAGUGUGUCCUUAAUAUUUCUAUCUGUCGACUUUCCUUUACGAUCAUGGCAUUUUAUUGAGUACGUUUGCGAUAUUUGUGUAGGUACGAAAAUCUGUGAUGUUUCCUUUUUUUAUUUUACGCUUUAGAUUAGGGCUCACUGUCUCGAAUAAUAUGUAAAAUUCACUGCCAUAACUUAUUUAGUAUGGUUUUAACUUAUUUUUGUGACAUAUAAUUUUAAUAAUUAAGUUAUACUUCGGCAGGUGUAAUUAUGAACUGCAGCUUUUAUACUUAUUAUGUUUUUCGAAAAUAUUUCAAAAAAUCCAUCCAACCUAUUAUAGACUGACACCACCUCGAUGUUGUGCACUUUUCUGUACAUUAGAACUUAGUGUUAAAAUACUUAAAAAUAACAAUAAAAUAUAUUAUUUCUACAUAAGUAGAUUUAAUUUUAAUGCCAUGAAUGAAACUGUUAAUUUUUACCGUAAAACUAAAUGUUAAGGAAUUGUUUCAUAGAAUUGAUACAAGUACAAUAAUGUAACUAACUGUACUCUUGAUUUCUUGUAUAUUUUGGAUCGAUUAAGCAAUAUAUUUUAGAAUGAAGUAUUUGAUAAAUGUUUGGCCAUUUUUUAAUACUGUUUAACAACGUAAUUAUAGUAAUUGUAACAUUUAUAUCAUUUUAGCGAGGCCAAAAUUUAUAAAAUACUUUUUUGGGAAAAUACGAAAGAGUGGGAUGUAUUAUUUUUUGUAUUCGGUUCAAUACUAGUCCACCUUCGCCCACUCUUGAAUACACGACUUGUACAUUUCGUCAUGUGUAUUUCUGUUAUAUUUUUUGUUUUGAUUGUAUUUUAAUAACGUUGACGAGUAUAUUAAUGUAAAGUAGGAAAAACAAAAAUGUGUAAAUAAUUUAAAGUUUAUAUAAUAAAGAGUGGUUGUUCUCAGAGGAUAUCCACAAGGGAAAUUA